AUGUUCACCAAAAUCAGUGGAAGGAAGAAAUAUAUUUGGAGUGCAAGUUUGUUACCAAGUACCGACUUCAAUCAACGAUGGUCUUCAAGUGGAAGUAAAGCACUAAAAACACUUUCAAGUAACAAGUUGGUCAGUUCAUUUUCUUCAAAAACUAAUACAAUACAUUCCAAAUAUUUGUUUACUAAAAGUGAAAAGGGAUACAUUUCACAGUCAGAUAAAUAUUCAACUAUCAAUUCCCAAACAAGCGAGCUGCCUCCGAAACUAAAUUAUGAUGAUUAUUUGCACAGUGAUGAAAAACCAACGUUUGAAGGUUUGGCAGAAUUCAUCAACAAAUACAUCAUUAGUCGCAUCAUUAAAGAUGAAUCUUUCAGUGAAGCAGCAACAAGUAUUGCAGCCAGAAUUUUUAUGAGCUCUCCAUCUCCCACAAGAAGUGGCUGGAAAAGAUUUCCAUAUCACAAUCAAAACCAGAAGCUGCUAUCAAUAGAAGAAGGUACAAAAUUUAGAAAAAUAUCAGAAGUAGAGAUACUAAAUCAGUUUGCAGACAAAAGCAAUAUUAAAGACGGUAUUGCAAAAGUUUUUAAUGACUUGCAACAAUAUUAUUUCAAAAAAGCUCAAGAUGAUUCCAAUUCCCAUGAAAAACGCAUAAUUAAUAUUUUUGAUAUGGUUGACAGUAUGAGAAAAUUACCAACAGCACUCCGUGAACCAGCUAAUAAACAGGAGAUACAAAGUUUGUCCCUAUCCUAUGUUAUUCAUCCACUUGUUCAAGUGAUAAAUGAUGUUUAUGACUCAAAACUUGUUGUAUUACAACAGAGGUAUGUUUCCGGAAGGAAGAGUCCUGAUGUUAUCAUACAAGACGAAGAUAGCAAAGCAUUUUCAGUCUUAGAAUUUGAAAACAAUUUACCAAAAGCAGAAAAUAUAAAGAGUAUGAAAAGUGCAGAACUAUUGGACCUUCAAGGGUUCAAACAAACUCUUUACUCAAUAGCUAUGAGUAACACAAAUAUGGGGGUUUUAAGCUCUUUUGGUACAACGUUAAUUAUUGAAGUUGACUGGAAAAAAAGUUGUUUUGAUGGAACUGAUACUUGUAAGUUGGCAUUGGAAUUAUUCAUUAUUGAUCAUAAUGAACCACUCACAACAUUGAAAUCAACCAUAAUGCACUUUUUGACUAAACUUUUGGUUCUUUCAACUAGCGAGGAAAAAGAUAAGAUAAUGAAGACAUCUUUGGAAUCAAGAACAAAAAUGAUUAUCAAUUGUGAAGAAACCCAACAGAAACACAGCCAACAACUCAGAAAAUCUUUUCUAAGACAAUAUCAGAAUGACAGUAGAUAUUUGAACAAAGAAGUCAUUGAUGUUAGACUUGACCUCCAAGAUGAUAAAUCUUCCACAGACUUAAAAAAUGUGUUCAGAGACAUGACGGAGAAAGCGAAAUAUAUUAUUUUGAAAAAGAAACAUUUCUUAGCAAAUAAUAUAGUUGAUGCUGUUGAUGAUGAUGAAGAAGUUGUAGUGAAAUGGUAUGAGCCAAUAACACAUGAGUUAACUGACAAUCCACUGCUCAAUCAAGAGCUACUAGAACAAGAUUAUCUUGAUGAAAUGUAUGAGUUGAAGAAGCUGGAGCGAAUUGAAAACAGCAAGAAUUUAGAGCUGAGCAAAUUGAGAUUAUUCAAAAAUGGCUUUAUGAUCAUUAAAGAUCAAUAUUCUAACAUAGUUGCCAUUGGUAAUUAUUUAGCCAUGGCUAACAAAAAUCCCAAAACAAAUAAGAAUGAAAUAACUAAAAGAUUACCUAUUCUGACCAAAUCAGAUAUUUUGAGUGAAGCAAUGAAUAGGUUGGAGUGCCUGCAUUCCAAUGGGUUUGCAUUGAACCAAAAUGUUGAUCAAAGAGUUGUUGUAAAUAACGGUGACGUUUCAAUUUUAGCCACAACUAAAUAUGGGGAUGAAGUUCCAGAUCGGAUCAAGGAUUUGGACACAAAAACUCUGGGUCAAAUAGUCGCUAGUGGGAGAAUCAUUCAGCUAUGA